CUCUGUUACCAAAGACCAGACUUCGCCCUUCCGCUGGACGGCAAUGUUUUCACAAGUUCUCCUUCUUUAAAUUGAGAUUUUUAAAAUCCCUGCUGAAUUUGCUAGUAAAUUCUCAAUGUGGAGAGCAGAAAAACAGGAAGUGAGUCCGCUGAGGUAGGCAGAAGAGCCUGGUGGAGUGAUCGAAAGUAAAAGAAAACUUCUUCCUGGAGGCAUUUCUAGCCCCACCCCCCUUCCUCCCUGCCGGGUUUCCAGGGAUUUUUCUCAGGUUGUGUGAACCAGCCUUAGUGAUCAGAACGUGUCAAGUUAGACAGUCUAGGGGACUCGGCAUCGGGAACUUGGUGACUGUGAUGUUGCCGGGACAGGGUGAAGCAGGAGUAAUACUCCCUCGUGAGGUGGUUGUGAGGAUUUGUUGAUAAUAACAGUCACUUACAGCGGUGACCCGCACUGCUAAGUAGCCGGGCCCAGACUAUGGUGAGGGCCCCAGGAUUUGCCUCUCUGCUGUGUCAGGGGAGAAGAGGCCUGUGAAGAAGCCACUGUGAGGGCCCCGGGAUUUGCCUCCGCCCCAAACUCUGAACCACUGCACUGCCCGCCUCCCUGACAGUCAGCUGCUGGUGAGCUUCCUGGCUUUGAUGGCGACCCUGUGGCCUACCUCCUGGAGCCAGGUCCCAGUCUUGUUCCUGUGACAUAUCCAACAUAAACCCUGCUCCAAGGGCUCCUUGCACCACAAACACGGGCCUGUCAGAGUAAGGAAGGUUACGACUACGUUCUCCUAACACUUGAGCAGCAUGAACUUCAACAGAUGUCUCUAUAAUAUUGGGGAACAGCUGGACAGUGAUGACCUGGCUGCCCUCAAGUUCCUGAGCCUGGACUACAUCCCACAUAGGAAGCAGGAGCCCAUCAAGGAUGCCUUGAUGUUAUUCCAGAGGCUCCAAGAAAAAAGAAUGUUGGAGGAAAACAACCUGUCCUUCCUGAAGGAGCUGUUUUUCCGAAUGAAUAGACUGGAUCUGCUGACCACCUACCUGAACACGAGUGAAGAGGAGAUGGAGAGGGAGCUUCAGAUACCAGGCAGGGCCCAGAUCUCUGCCUACAGGGUCAUGCUUUUUCAGAUUUCAGAAGAUGUAAACAAACUGGAAUUGAAGGACUUUAAGUUUUUUCUCAGCAAGGAGAUCGCCAAAUGUAAACUGGAUGAUGACAUGACCUUGCUUGAUAUUUUCAUAGAGAUGGAGAAGAGGGUCAUCCUAGGGGAAAGAAACUUGGACACCCUGAAAAGAAUCUGUGAGCAAAUCAACAAGAGCUUGCUGAAGAAGAUCAACGAUUAUGAAGAAGUAAGCAGAGAACCAAGGAUGAGCCUUGAAAGCAGUCCAGGGGAAAUCUCAAAUGAUUUGUCUCAACUGCUCGAAGGGGAGGGGUCCCUUGGAGAUCUGGCCUUGUCGGACUCUCGGGGAGACCAGGACAGUGAGCCAGAGACAUGGAGCGAAGUUUACCGAAUGGAAAGCAAACCUCGGGGAUACUGUUUGAUCUUUAACAAUUAUGAUUUUAGUGUAGCACGGAAGGAUGUGCCCAAACUUCACAGCAUUAAGAACAGGAAUGGAACAGACUUGGAUGCAGAGGCUUUGAGCAAGACCUUUAGCGAUCUUCAUUUUAAGGUCGUAGAGUUCAAGGACUCCACAGCAAAGGAUAUCUUUGAGAAUCUGCAGCAAUACCAAGGCUUGGACCACACUGACAAGGACUGCUUCAUCUGCUGCAUCCUCUCCCAUGGAGACAAGGGCAUCGUCUACGGCUCCGACGGGCAGGAAGCCUCCAUCUACGAGCUGACCUCUUACUUCACUGGUUCCAAGUGCCCGUCCCUUCUUGGCAAGCCCAAAAUCUUUUUUAUUCAGGCUUGUCAAGGGGAUAAAUACCAGAAAGGUAUAGCUAUUGAGACUGACUCAGAACAGAAGGAAGCCUAUUUAGAAAUGGAUUCAUCACUUCAGAAGAGAUAUAUCCCAGAUGAGGCAGACUUUCUGCUGGGGAUGGCUACUGUGAACAACUGUGUUUCCUACCGAAGCACCGUGGAGGGGACUUGGUAUAUCCAGUCACUCUGCCAGAGCCUGAGAGAAAGAUGUCCAAGAGGUGAAGAUAUUCUCACCAUCCUCACCAAGGUGAACUUUGAAGUAAGCAAUAAAGAUGACAAGAAAAAUAUGGGCAAACAGAUGCCACAACCUACUUUCACACUGAGGAAAAAACUCUUCUUUCCUCUUAAUUGAUGCUGCUGUUUAGUUGCAUAACACUACGCUUAAUCUGUUGUUAAAAUGCUGCUAAUUUACUCUUUUUUUUUUUUUUUUUUUGGAUAGCAGGAAGGGGAGAGAAUGGGAGUCAGGACAAUCUAAUAUUUAUACAAAUUCAAGCCUAAAUCUCUAGCUUUGCAAGAACUAGACAUUUAUAGCCAUAACAUAACUUUAGUUGCACUUUUAAUUCGAUGAAAAUGUUUAAAAAUAAAUGAUUCGACCAACAAGGGGCUAACAUAUAUAGAUAUAUGCUACUAUAUAUAAAGUAGAUAAUUAACAGUUUUUUACUGUACAUGACAAGGAACUAUAUUCAAUAUCCUGUAGUAACCUAUAAUGAAAAAAAUAUGAAAAGGAAUAUAUAUACAUAUAUAUACAUAUAUAUAUAUAUAUGACUGAAACAUUAUGCUGUCCAUCAGAAUUUGAUACAACAUUGUAAAUUUACCAUACUUCAAUUAAAACAAAAGUUUAAAAAUAAAUUUAUAGUAGACUUGUUAUGCAAGGGGAAUUUCAGUGACUCCCUUUCAAAGAUCACUGAGGGAGAUUUUGGUGUCCUGACCUGGCUGAAAAAACCCUGGUGUGUUGCGGUUUAAGGCACAAUGCUCCCACAUCCAGCCUGAUCGAUGCUGGUGAGGGUGACAAGCAGUCACGUGAGCCUCCUCUCUUGAGCCAUGAGAAGGCUCUGCUUUUCAGGGAUGAAGGCUGCCUUUUCUCUUCUUGCUCUUACAAUAAGUGCAUCAUGAUUUGCUUUUUUGCUAACAGUGCUGCACUCCUUUUAUGCAUUUUCAUUUGCUUUCUUGAACUUUUCAAGUAAAUUGAAAUCUUUAGUAGUUAUGCUACUUUUGACAGCUAAGUUUUUAAAGAGUAUAGAAUAAACUGUAAUUAUCUGACUCUU